CUUUUCUUCAUUAUUCCUUCCGCCAUCAGCCAGCCGAGAGAACCGCCAGUCCGCAGCAGAAUCUCCAAUCUUGGGAUGCACGCUCCCUUCAACAGCUGCAUACCCGAGCCCGCUCUCCGCAUUCUCAGCGCCUUCUCCACAGCUGCACUCGAGCUAUCAUUCGGCGCCUCUGCUGCGCGGGAGACGUUCGCUCGUUGAUCCCGCCAAUUGCCCGGCGUGUCUCUCGCUUGGCUGUCCCUUUUUUUUUCUUCUUUUCCUUCUUCCCUGUGCAUGGGCGGUAAGAGGCUCAUCCCCUGCUUCGGUCCAUCGCACCCUCGUGCCAAUCCAGCCUGCGCUUCCAUGCCAGCCAACCCCCCCGUUCAGUAAAAGGGAGUGGCCUCCAGCCUCAGGGGAGGCUUCUCGUGCUUGCAUGUCUUGCCCGUCUGCCAGAUCGCAUUUUUCCUCUUCUCUAUCGGGACUCUUUAACCAUAAAAAACUAACGCCAUUGAUUUUCUAUUAGAGCUGUCCAGUCGGUCCCUUCGUUGUCCUUAAACGGCGCCCCUUUCCCGGUCCCUUUUGCAUUUUUCGAUCGAAUUUCCAGCCUACAUGAUCCCGGCUUUGUUCCCAGCCACAGUCACUCUUUUCCAUUAGUUUCUUCACCACGCUCCUUAAUAUCUUAAUAUCUUAAUUCCUAGGGUUGCAUUCACUCCUUGAUCGCACCCAAGGCUCGCUCUUUACUCAAUAGUCUCUCCCACUCAAAGCUUCCUGGAGAACUUGCCCGACACUCUUUUUUUCUAGACAUAUAAUCAACACCGACCCAUCUAAUUUUACAGCGAAACCCUCAUCCAUCAUGGCUUAUGCUCACCCCGACGAACACUUCUUCAUCGAGAGCGAUGAACCCCAGUCCAACUCUCGCAGCUUCCGAGAUACCGCAAAGAUGCUUGCGCGCAGCCGGCAAGAGACGAUUGCUUGCGAGCUUUCCCGUCUCGCCGGCGAGGAGUACCUGGGGGACAUCAUGACGCAUAUGCGACACAUGGAGGAGGAGACCCUUCCCGAUGCUAACCUCAUUGACAUGCAACGUGAGAUCCAAUGGUUCAUGCGACCGUACCUCAUCGACUUCCUCAUCGAGGCCCAUGCCGCUUUCGCCCUACUGCCCGAGACGCUGUUCCUGACCGUCAACUUGCUGGACCGAUACUGCUCUCGACGAGUGGUGUAUAAGCAGCACUACCAGCUCGUCGGCUGCGCCGCUCUUCUCAUCGCAGCCAAGUAUGGUGACAAGAAGGACCGGGUUCCUCAGAUCCAUGAACUCAACAACAUGUGCUGCGGCCUGUACGAUGCCGGCAUGUUUACGCAAAUGGAGAUGCACGUCUUGAACACUCUCGAGUGGACCAUUGGCCACCCCACUGUCGACUUCUUCACCCAGCUCAUGGUUGCCGAAGAGCAGGACGACAAGGAGGUGGAGCACAUGGCCGCCUACCUGUGCGAGAUUGCCCUGUACCACCGCGACUUUGUUUCAACAAAGCCUUCCAUGAUGGCACGCUCUUCACUGGCUCUGGCGAGAGCUAUUCUGGGCCGACCCGAGGUCAACGACGGCGACUGGGAUCACACCGAGAACCUGACCCUGUUGACCCUCUCUCAGCACCUCAACCAGCCCUCGCCAACCCUGGCACGCAAGUACUCUUCAUCGUCACUGUCCAAGGCAUCGCAGAAACUGGCAGACUUUAUGGCCGAGCAGGCCGCCAUGGCCAGACGCCAAGCCAACCCCCCCUCGCCUGCUGCCGAGACUCCGUCAAGACACGCCGCCGACAUCUACAGUACCCCUCAGAAGGGUCAUGGCGCUGCCGCCGGCUUCGACGGUUACCUCACGCCUCCCAUUACUCCCGACAAUGCCUAUGGAAACGCGACCAAGGAGACCUACCACCAGCUGCCUCCUCGAUGCCCCGUCACGCCAACUCCUCAGAGCCAUCCUUCCGCGUACUCCCAGCACGUACAACAAUACGCUGCUUUCGUGAACCAGCACGGAAUCCACCAGCACUAGGAGUUUUGGUGGCGCAUCCGUUUGGCAUGGUCGAUCGAUUAAUACAGUACUCGCUUCUUCUCCCCGCCUUCAUCCAUAUUAGCUUAUGGGUGAUGGAGGGUGUUCAUGUUUCAAUAUUCGAGGUCAUGGCGAUGAGCUCGACUUCUUCCAAGCAAUAACAUUCAACCUUGAUAGUCACUCUCAGAAUGAUCUGUCUCAUAUCUACGUCAUGGCAUUUAGCGAUUGAUUUUAAUUCAUUUUUUCUUUCACAUUUUUAUUUCCUUUUCAUUGUUUUGUUACCUAUUUCGCAAAUCAAAUUUCUCAGCAAGUCUUCAUGGCACCAAAAAAAAUGGAACGCGGAUCAUACCCAAUUUUCCUCGAGUCGUUUUUUAUCUUUAUUUUCGGUUUUCUUUUUUUGCGCUUCUGGGGGCAAUGUGCGUUGUUUCCACGGGUAUGGAGCACCGCAUAUCCAGGAGUUGCGCGUACCUCCGAUAGAAAAGGGGGGGUUUUUGUCUUGUGGUGGAUAUAGUAUUUGAGGGGAUAGAGGAGUUGAAGGGGGAAUUUGGCCAGCCUUCAGACUGAGUGUUAAAAGGAACAACAAGAAUGCAAAGUGGCCGAGUAAAAAAAAACAGUCACGGAUACCACGGAGCGGAGAGGGACAAGGCUUAAAGGCCAUCGGUGCAAGAAGCAGCCGAAAGUUGUGGUUUUCUUUUUUUUCCUACUUUCGGAUCUAAUCUCUACUGGGCAUAUGGGAGGAACAUGAGCCUUGUUGCAACACACAAGGCAAUUGGUGUAUAAUUCUUUCGAAAAGCAGAUGGGCAAAUGGCGGACGGAUUCGCGCUCUCAGGCGCAGUGAUACCCAUCGCUCUCUUCCAGAAAAGAAGGGAUUGGAACAAGUGAGCUUUAUCCGUCCAUUUGGCCGAUCGAAGGUGGGAUAUAGAUUGCGUGGGCUGCUCAGACCUGGUCUCUCACAAUAUUUUUACCCCCUCAGCUUGUACAUAUAAGGUAGUGUGGACAGGCACAACAGAAAAAAAAAAAAAGAAGUAAAGGUUCUUUUUUUGGCAGCAGUGCGUGUGCUUUCUAGCGGAACCAAGAUGAGAAAAAAAGUGGUUUCUACUACAUCGCCUGUUUUGUCUGUCUUGUAUGUAACGUGGUGCAGCUAGUAGUAUGGUUUUAAUUCUUCCACGCCUACACUGGCGAGUGACGACGAGAGACUGUU